GUCCUCCAUACCCUUUUUAUAGCCGAUCACAUUGCACCGGUAAAAGAGUUCACAGAUCAUAAUAGACUCGCUCCCACGCCCUUUAUAAUUCUCUCUCUCGCCCUCUCCUUCGAUCUUGCUCCUCUCUCUCUCUCUCUCUCUCUCUCUCUCUCUCUCUCUCCUCCGUGUCUGUACUCCUUAGAUUUCUGUUUGAUUUGAUUUUAUGGACAAAGGAUGGGGUCUAGCCCUUGAUUCCGACUCCCUCGGUUUCUUCCUCAACAAGCCUCCUCCUGCUGCUGCUCCUCCUCCUCCUUCUCUUAACAAGAGAACUACCCUGUUCGGCGGUAGUGACAGGAUGUUUUCCGGUGUUGAAUUCCCGGUUAAGACGAGACCGGCCGAUGAGAACCGGGCGGCCGAGGUCGACUUCUUCUUCUCUGACAAGAAGAACAAGAGUGAUGAUCAAGAGUUGAAAUCGAACACCAGCGAUAGGGGUGUCAAUGUCAAGAAGGAAAACUGGUCUGGUUUGGACAAUGUUAACACUGGCCUGCACCUUGUUACUGCAAACGCCGGGAGCGAUCAGUCGACGGUGGAUGAUGGGGUGUCAUCUGAUCCGGUAGAUAACAGAAGAGCAAAGAAUCAUGAGCUGGCACAGUUGCAAUUUGAGCUAGAGCGUAUGAAUACUGAGAAUCAGAGACUAAAGGAAAUGCUUGGUCAAGUGACCAACAACUACACAGCUUUACAGAUGCAUCUUGUGGCAGUACUGCAGCAACAGCAGCAAAACCAAGCCGCAGCAGAUCAAACCUCACAUGAUCAUGAUCAGACUGAUGGAAAAUCUGAAGAGAAGAGACAUGAGGUUGGAUCAUCAACAGCAGUAGUGGCAAGACAGUUUCUGAACUUGGUUCCAAGGGAAGAAACAAAGACUGAUAAUGAGGUUUCAAAUUCUUCAUCGGAAGCCAGAACACGAUCAACUUCACCUCAAAACAAUGUUAGUACUAAUGGCAAGAGGGUUGGUAGGGAAGAGAGUCCCGAGUCUGAAACACAAGGUUGGGUGCCUAACAAGGUCGCUAAGCCAAAUUCCCCACCUAAGCCGAUGGAUCAGUCCACCGAGGCUACCAUGAGGAAAGCUCGCGUCUCAGUUCGUGCAAGAUCAGAAGCACCCAUGAUCACUGAUGGCUGUCAAUGGCGAAAAUACGGACAAAAGAUGGCGAAGGGAAACCCAUGUCCUCGAGCUUAUUAUCGAUGUACCAUGGCCGUUGGUUGUCCAGUUCGCAAACAGGUACAACGUUGUGCUGAAGAUAGGACUAUAUUGAUCACAACUUACGAAGGCAACCACAACCACCCUCUUCCCCCAGCGGCGAUGGCCAUGGCGUCCACCACCACAGCUGCGGCUAGUAUGUUACUUUCCGGGUCCAUGUCAAGUGCAGACGGUAUCAUGAACCCGAACAAUCUGCUAGCUCGUGCCAUACUUCCAUGCUCAUCAAGUGUGGCAACAAUCUCAGCCUCAGCUCCAUUUCCUACUGUCACAUUAGACCUCACCACCAGUCCACAACCAUUACAGUUCCAAAGAUCACAACAAGGCCAGUUCCAGAUGCCUUUCCCAGGACAGCCCCAGAACUUCGGUUCAUCAGCCUCAAACCCUCAACUGCCCCAAGUUUUUGGACAAGCCCUGUACAACCAGUCUAAAUUUUCCGGCCUUCAACUCUCUCAGGAACUAUUAGCCCACCAAGCACAACAGCAGCAGCAGCAGCAGCAACAACAACAACAAAGUCAACCAUCCUCAUUUGCAGACACAGUGAGUGCUGCCACAGCUGCCAUCACUGCUGAUCCAACCUUCACUGCUGCCUUAGCCGCUGCUAUCACCUCCAUCAUCGGUGGAUCCUCUCAUCCCAAUAAUAACAACUCCACAACCUCAAAUAACAGCAAUGGCGGAAACAACAACAACAUCAACAACAAGAACAAAAUCAACAGCUUCCCAGGAAGCUAAACUAGAAUUAGUGGGGUUUGUUCGUUUUUUCUUUUUGUUCAAAGUGUCAGUCAGGUGCUUCAGGGGGAGAAGGAGUUAACAUGUUGAUACCGUUUGUUCUUUCUUGUGGGAGGGAGGUUUAGCUCGACCACCACAACUCCAUUUUUUCUUCCUUCGUUUUGUUUGAAUAAUUUGAUUCAAAUUUUUCAGUAAAUACACACAGAAAGAGAAGAAUUAGCUUAUAUAACUAUGUAUUUCACCUAUUUACUAUUCUACAUGAAUGAUAAGCAGUAGUUUCAUUGUGUUCGUA